AUGACGAAACCUGGGAGAGUGGCCAAAUCAGAAACAGAUGUACCUAAAUCGGCCAGAGAUCCUGGACGACCCCUUGGUUUCAGAACUAACAAGAAACGGCCAAAGUCAGAUCAUACCUCAACAUCAAACGCUAGUGAUCCGAACACAGAAACCACCGGAAUAAUACCUAGUAGUUCCACAAAUAAGGAAAUGCCACAGUUACCAGUUAGGAAUAUAACUAACCUUCGUGCAUCAUCAAGGACAAGUAUGUUUUCCAAGGACGAUCCAAGUGAAACUGAAGAAUCGUCAGAAAAAGAUACACAACCAACAGUAUAUGACCUUAGACGGAGUGAAUUACAUCAAGAAUUAACUGAAACGAAAGCAGAUUCAAGUACAGAUACUGACUCAGACUCAGACGCGACAAAUACUGAAAUCUCCGUUAAACCCAUUUCACUCAGUAAAGGUUCAAAUGACGACGUCUUUGAAGACCAACCUAAAACUACGACCAGUGAUAUUGAUGAGGUUACCCAUCAAGAAAUACAAAAGUUAACAAAAAAAUUUAAGCAAACUGAUACGGAUUUUUUAUCAGUAACUAGAUUUUCUGAUGAAGACAAGCCGGAUCCUGAAAUUCAGGACAUAUUCAUCGAAAUGGACACCUAUGAUCCCAAUAAUUUUGAUGAUUCUGUAUUUGAUAAGAAAAUUGCAGAUCUAUCAAAACCCUUCACGUACAACAUGAGUGUACAUGCAGCAACAAACUUUACUCCCUAUGAAUUAGUAUUUGGGAGACUAGCCAGGUUGCCUUUGAAGAUACCUAAAGAUGAAAAGUUAUAA